AUGAUUUUAUAUUUCUAGGCAUUGUUCUAGUCAAAAAUUUUCCUGGUUCAAUUUUUAAUGUGGUAUAUUUCACGUAUCCUAUGAACCAAGGAGACUAGAAACAAAGUGUUAUUUUAUAGUCACUUUGGUAUGAACUGAGUUAGUCUCUCUGAAAUCUAAAGCUUGUCUGGCCGCUUGUAUAUGCAUGCCGAAGUUCCAUCAAAAUGGUUAGCAAACUAGUUGCAGAACGAUAUUCUCAUGGAUUAACAAAAACGCGAGGAUUGUAUGACAUAGCAGAUGCAGAAAACGAGCAAUGGGAAGCAAGGAGACAACAACUGAACAGUCUUGGUGCACUUUCACUGUUCACCCAACAGGAAGAUGCUGUUGAAGAAAAAACACCUAAACUACAAUUUGAUUCAGUAAGACCAAUAACACCUAUCAACGAUAGUAUAAAAUCAGCUCCCAAAACAUAUCCAAGUUUUUCCAAGUUGAUUUAUCGCAGAAUAAAUCCUCGUCCAGAAUGGAAUCAUAUCUCUAAAGAGGAUCAGAGCAGUCUUGGAGCAGUAAUCAUGGGUGAAGUGAAUGCUAUUUGGCCAGUACUUCGAAGACAAGUUUCUGAUCCAUUUCUAACGCAUCAGCAAAAUAAAGAACUACAGAGAAGAAUAACCGUUCAUUGUGUCACAGUUUGUGAGCAGUUAUUUAUACAUUAUGCUGACAAAGUGAAAAUUCUCAACAGCAGAGGUGUUUUUAGCAAUCCUGCAAAUUUAUCAAGAAUUAGAGCACAACUUGCACUAGAUGCCGGAAAAUACUUGAAUAUUUUAUCAAUACGUCGACAUAUAAUAUCAGAUCUCAAGAAACCAUCAACAAAAGAAGUUAUAACUUAUAACAGAGAUGAAGUUAUAGCUCCUUCACCAGUCACACCCAUGACAACAGAAAGUCCAAAACAGGAACUGUCGUUUCGUGAUCUUGUGAAAUCAAGCAGACCAAGGAGAAAAAUGAAAUAUCAGUUCAAUUUAAAAGCUGAAAUUAACAGUAUGCAGUCACAGAUGCCAACUAUUAGUCGCUCUAGGAUUCAUCAGCUUCAACCAUUAGCGAAGCAAGAGCCCUUUAUUUAUGCCGAUGAACAGGAGGAUGAAUCCAAUAUGGAAGAUGACAGUGACAUGAUUGAGAGCGCCAGAAGAGAAGAAAAAGAUUUAGAGGUCGAUGAUGACCACAUUUCGGUUUCAUCGUAUCCAAUAAUUCUGGAACAUAGAUGUCCAUCAGAACCUCUUGGUCAGCACACUCUUUUAAUCGAAGAAUUACGUCAAAGACAAGAAGAAGAGGAUGAAAUCAUCAUGAAAAGUCCUUCUACCAUACUUCCUAGUAGGCAGAGAAUACAUUCAGUAACACCUAUUGUACCACUGGAACAUCAGCAAAAGUGCAGGACCUCACUCGGACUUGAAAGAGUAUUACAUGAUGACUCCAGAGAUGUUGAUUCACUGGAUCCAAAGGAGGAUCUCAGGUUGCUCAUGGAACGACAAGAAAGAGAGCGUAAGAAAGAAAGAGAAAGUCAAGAAAAAACGCUAACUGACCCAUCAACUCAUAUUCCACCAUUAAUUCAAGCAUUAACAAGACGAGAGGCCCAAGAUGAAAAAGUUCGAAAGUUAAAGAUCAAAGAGAGAGAGUUAGAUAUGAAAUACAAAGAGGAAUUGGAAGAAAAAAUGAAGCCACUGCCUGAACCUCAGUAUCCUCAACCAGCUGUUGUACAAACUAAGCUGCCUGGUGUUAGUAAUCCGGUUGACAGAACUGCAAUCACAAUCCGAGCAUCUGAUGUAAAAUUAAAUGAUCAUGUUGAAUUAUCAACUGUAACUCUUGGAUCUUAUCAACCAGUUUACAAUGAUCUUAAAGGUGAUAUAUCUCAAGCCACUGUUAAAGAACUUGAUGCAAAUUUAUUCCAAGGCGGGGAAUUAAAAGAAGUUUAUUCAGAAAUAAUGAAAACCGUUCCUAACAUUCAUCAACAUUAUGAUAAUGAUCCUCUAAUUGUUACACCUGGAACAAAUGUUGAUCUCAGUCAAAUUUUGGCAUCAAGUACAUUAGUAAGACCAAGUUCACAACAAGUAAUUAAUCCUAAACUCAGAAGAUAUGAAUUUGAUAUGCCUUGGCAAGGACAGCAAAUGAUGUGGAUGAAAUCGACCACCCACCCACAGUCUGGUUAUCCAGAAAGCGAUGCAAGUUCCAUGACACAAGCACAUGGAGAAGGUGUGAUGCCUUUUCAUAGAUUUACUCCAAGUCAACUCAACCACCCAGGGGUGGAAAGGGAUAGAGCAUAUGCUUCUUGGCUUCAGUGGUGGAAAAACACAAUAAACACUGAUGACUUCUUCAAGUAUUUAUCAACUCAGGACACAGAUUUCCUCAGUGUGCUUUUCCAUUUUUAUGAUAGUGAUGCAGCAGAUUCGGAAACUGAAUCUAUGAGAACUGCCAAGAUGGAUGCCCAGAAAGAGAGAGAUAAAAAACUAACUGCUCUGAAGAAAGAGAAAGAGGAAUUUGUAGCUGGACUGUGGAAUGUAAAAGCUGUAACAUUAGGAGGAUUGGGAAAAGAUCCAGAAAUGGAAGAAGAAGAGUUUUCAGAUUUUGGGACUCCUAGACUUUCUGACAGAAGUCAGUCAAUUUCACAACUAGGGUCAAGAAGUAUGAGAGAUUCAGGAACCCCAAGAUCAACAAGGUCAAGAGCGAGAACAAGAGAUGAGAAGUUAAUUUCCAAAGUAAUGUUUGCCAAUCAACUUAAGAAUGAAUAUUCAAGAAAGACUGCAUUUCCACAACACACUAAUUCUAAUGCAUUACAAGCAUCAAGUAGUAGCAGCUUCGGAGAAACAUUAUCAACAGAAUCUGCCAGUUUUGGAUUUCCACGAAAGUUUGGCAUUGGUAGCGAUCAAGCGUCAUCUGAUUCAAAUUUCCAUUAUUCCACAUCGAAUUCAUCCGUUUCCUGCGGCACAUUAGAAACUGCAGAAUCCCUGUACACUACACUAAAAGAGCUUCAUGAUGGAUCUGAUCUGACGGACUCUGAUUCAACUUUGGUACCUUCUACAGGAGUCAGAAAAACAAAGAAAAAACAUCAGAUGCCUCCUGCUAGGAGUGCAAUGUUUGAAAACUUGCUUAAAAUAUUACCUAUUCAGCUUCAUGAUAAGUUUGCUGCUUAUGGCUCGGGAAAUAUCAAAUUUUCAGAUAUGAGCUUGGGUAAUGAAACUGAUACAACAGAAACUACAAUAGACUGUGUCUCUGAAAGCAUCAGUUCUUCUUCAAAUGACUUAGUCGAUAAAUGUGAUGAAUUGCAGCAAUGUGAAUAUGACAAAGAGAUAGAUAAUGAUAAAAUUAUUGGAGAUAGCUCAGGUUUGCCUCAAAGCGGUACUUCUACAACAGGAGAGGAAUCCACUUCUGGAUAUUUUUCUACUAGUGGAGGACAUAUGAAUAAUAUAGUUGAGGAAUUGAUUGAGGAACAACUUGAGACAGAGGAAGAUAUCAUGAGCAAGGAAAGUUGUAGUGAGGAUGACAUAAAAGAUAAUGAAAAUCAGAAAAAAUGGGAAAUACAUGACAUGGGUUAUGAAACACACACAGAAGAAGGCUAUAAAAGAAAGAAAACAUUGAAUAGAAGUUUAUUAAGAACAGAAAAACCAGUCACAACUACAGAAUUUCUCACUCGAUUAAAUGCCUAUUCACAUAUGACAAAGCUGAUUGCAGAAAAUUGCCAGAACAGGUCUGAAUCAAUGCACAAGGGAACAACAGUAUCAUCUAAAAGUCAUGCAGAUUCUAGAGAAGUAUCCACACCCAGCCUUACAAUACAAGAAAGACUGGAAAUAGUCUGGCAAAAGUUAAAAAUGCCUGACUCCCAAAAACUGAAUUUUGCUUUGAAAUACAGCUCUGAUAAAUACAUAAAAAAGCUUCCAGAAAUUGUGAGGUCAUGGGAGCGGGUCACUGAUUUUAUUCUUCAACGAGAAAAACUGAUGACCAAUCUUGAAGUUUUUGAGAAAGAAGCCUCCGAUCCAAACAGAUUUUUUGAAAGAGGUCAUCGUGGUUCAUCAGCAAUGAGACUUGAUGAAGCUAAAAUGCGAGCAAAUUUGCACAGAAAAUUAGAAGCAGUUGGAUCCACUAUCAAGUCUUGCCUGAUUUCACUGAAAAGUAGAUUUUCUGACACUGUGACAUACAAUGGUCGGCCAUACCUAGAAAAGAUGGGAUGGGAUAAAAUAGAAAUGUUAUAUUUCUUGCAACAAGAAAGAAGAUGCACAAUGUUGAAAGACCACGGACAUCCAGAGCAACUCGAUUUAUUCCUCCAUGUAAAUCAACAGACAACUCCCAAUAUAUUACCACCAUCUGGUCGGAGAUAUAUCAAGCUACCGUUGAAAAGUGUUAAAUUAACCGGCCCUUAGUGUUCGAUAUAAUAGUGCAUCCAAUACCAUGAUUUUAAAAUAUAUAUUUUAAUAAAAACCAUAUGUGUAAUG